AUGAAAAAGAGUGAUGAUGAGAGUGUGAUAGAGUUCGAGCAGAGGUUCACUACCUUGAGUUACCAUGUGCCUUACCUGAUUCCUAAUGAGAAGACCAUGAUUGAGAUGUUCAUUGGGGCACUUAGUGGUGUGUAUGCAGGUAGGAUGACCGGGGUAGUGUACCCGACUUUUCUUGAUGCGGUUGGUGCAACUAUGGCUAUUGAGACCAAGAGAGCAUAUAGUGCUCGGCCCCGAGAUUUCAACGGUCCUAGUCAGGGUCCAUCUAAGAAGGCUGCUUCCUCAUCCAUUUCUAGAUCUUCAGCUAGUAGUGGCCAUAGUAGUGGAUCGAGCUCUGGUGCUAGGAACAGAGCUAAAAGACGUUUCAAGAUGUCUUCCCGGAGUCAGUUGGGUAAACAGCAGACUAGACAGUUUGGUUUGGGUGGCAGCUUCCAGGGUGGAACAUCUGGUGGUCAGGCUUUUUCCUUUGGGCAGCAGCAGUCUGCGGGAUGCUUUGAGUGUGAUGGCUCCAAGACAGGGCAAGGUCGGAGAGGUUAUCUGCAGGAGGGGGCAUGGGAUGCUAUACAUGUUAUUGAGGUGGGUCCAGAGGAGGAAGGAACAACCAAUUACCGUUUAACCAGCACUGUAAUGCUAUCUUUGACUACCGAUAAUGAGCCAUCUGGCACAUUCAGUUUGUCUGGUUCGCUUAGAAGACAGAUGAAUAUGAGGCUCUCAGUUGAAGAAGGUCAUCUGUGUAACAUGGGAAGAAUGAUAGAAGAAAUGGAGGGUAAGCUGCGAAACUCGCUGGAACAGGUUUAUUUUGGGAAGACGAAAGAAAUGGUUUGCACUCUAAGACCACCAGCUGAAGUAGUGAUGAGACUGCCAAGCAGCUGAGGUGGCAUUGUAUGGCGAUUACAAUUAAAAAGGAAGACUGUCGCAUAUGCUUCUUCUCAUAUUUGCUUGACAGUGUGAUUAACUAUAUUUUUGUUUGUGUACUUGGUAUGUUAUUGUAUUUGAUAACUUAAGAGUCAGUCUGCUACUGCACAAUUGAGAUGUCUGGUUUGUCAAUUGAAGCGCCUCGUGGACUUUUCAUUUUCA